AUGAAUCCCAAGUGGACUAUGGAGGUUGGUGUCUUUAAGGCUAUUCUCUCCUUUCCACGGCAUCGGCAUUGCUCGAUGAUGGUCGAUGAUCGACUUGUGCCUCUGCGGAUAACGACAAUAGACAUAGAUCGGGAAGCUUAUGAAGUUGGAUUACCACACAUCCAAAAGGUCGGCACGGAGAAUAAAAUCAAUUUCAUUCAAGCGAAGCUAUCUCGGUUGCAAGUGAAAUGUUCAACAACAAUGGAGUUUUUUCAAUUUCGCAAGCCAUUGAACUUAAUUGGUUCAUGA